AUGCCUGUACUCGUGGAUAUCCCUCUCCAAGGACUAGCCCUUCUUGCAAGGUGUGCAUUCGAGCCAAUAGUUACCGGUCCUCUUUUUGGCUUGCUGCUGUACACCCCAGGAAAGGCAUGGGAAAAUGCCUCGGAAGCAACCUCUUUCUCAACCGUUGUUGAUAUUCGCAACCUGAUACGUACUCUGGGUAUUUUAGUUGCCGUGGGUGUUAUUAGAAAGACAAAUGCACUUCUGAAUGCAUGGGCCACGAACAGCUGGCAAAUACAGGCAGGCCAUGGUUGGAACUGGUCCUCUGAAAUCGCAGUCGUCACCGGAGGAUGUAGUGGGAUCGGGAAAGCCAUUGCAGAGGCUCUCGCUUCGCACAGAAUCCGCGUAGCAGUGUUGGACGUGCAAGACGCACCCGAGACAUUCAAGUCAAACGAGCUGCUCACAUACUUCCGCUGCGACAUCUCCAACCCCAUAGCAAUAGCAGAAACAUCCGAUAAGAUCCGAAAAGACUUGGGACAUCCUUCAAUUCUCGUCAACAAUGCCGCCAUCUCGGGCUCUCACACAAUUUUGAAGACCCCAGACGAGUUCCUCAGCCGCAUUUUCAACACAAACAUCCUCUCGCACUGGCGUCUAGUUCAGCAGUUUGUUCCGGACAUGGUGGCGAAGAACAAAGGCCACAUUGUCACAGUAGCAAGCGUUAAUUCGUUCCUGACCAACUCGGCUAAUGCGGACUACGUAGCAACUAAAGCUGCAGCGCUCGCAUUCCAUGAGGGUCUCACGAGUGAAUUGAAGAUUUGGUAUAAGACGCCGGGCAUCAAGACCACGAUUGUGCAUCCAAGUUAUGUGCGCACACCGUUGAUUGAGGAGGGGAUAUUGAAGAGUGGCCAAGACCCGAAGAUUCUUGAGACCAUGUUGAGGCCGGAGGAGGUGGCGGAAAUCAUUGCCAGACAGGUUCUUAGUAGGCGUGGUGCUCAGCUUUUCAUUCCUGGUUUUGCGGCGCCAAUCUCGUGGUUGAAGGGGUUCCCAAAUUGGGCCCAGGAGCUGGUUAGGGAUGCGUUUGGCAAAACAAGUGCUGUCACUAGCGGUUCGACAGUUAGCCACUAG